AUGAGUAAACGAAAUUAUUCUCCGAAUGGAUUAAAAAGGAAUACGUUACAUAAAGCUGAUAUGCAAAAAGACAAACAACCAAAAUCCAUAACUCCGGGUACAAAACAAACGCGAGCAACAACAACUGGAAGAAAGAAGCCGGCACUUUUGAAACCGUAUUCGAAAAUUAAAAGUAAGACGGAUAAUGUUUGGAGAAUUUUGGCUCAUAUUGGAUCUGGUGGAUUUGGAGAUGUUUAUAAAUGUGAAUUGGAAGGAUGUUCAUCUGAUGAGGUUUCAAAGGGUUUACUGCAAAAUCAAGAUAUAAUUCAAUUAUUUUUCAGUUUUUCGCAAUGAAAACCGAAUCGCAUACUGCAAAAAUGGCACGUCUUCGUAUCGAACUCCAAAUCCUUGAAGAAAUUACAGCUUACUGUAUUAGAAAACAAUGUCCACAUCAUUUUUGUAAUCUUAUGGAUUCUGGAAAUACUUUAGAUUUUUUUGUAUGUUAUCUACACUAACAAAUCAUUUUUGCAAAAUCUAUUUUUUUCAGUGGAUUGUGAUGACUUUGAUUGGCCCAUCUUUGCAAACAAUUCGAAAAAUAUUGCAUAAACAGUUUUCGAAGACAACAACUCUCAAAAUGUCACUUCAAAUUCUGGAUGCGUUGAAAAUCCUACACGAUGUCGGAUUUAUUCACAGAGAUUUGAAACCGGGAAAUGUUUGUGUUGGUGUUCCGCCAGGAGAUGAUCAUGUCUUAUAUUUACUUGAUUUCGGAAUUUCGCGCAGAAUUUAUCGUUCAGCGAAAUCAAGAGAAUUAAGGGUGGGUAAACACUUUUGAAAAUGAUAUGAAGAACACUUUCUAGAAAGAGCGGAAGAAAGUUCCAUUUUUCGGAACACGAAAAUUCUGUACUCGCGCGUGUCAUCUCGAACUUGAUCAAGGAAGAAAAGAUGAUGUUGAAACAUGGAUUUAUACAACUCUUGAUCUUUUACACAAUGACAAAGGUCUUCCAUGGGCAAAUUGUUUUUCCGAUCCAGCAAAGGUAUUGGAGAAGAAGCUUGCGUUGUUCGAGAAUCCUUCGAAAGAACUUCAUACUUGUGUUCCACAACAAUUUUGCACUAUCAUCGAAUAUGUGAGAAAAUUGAAUUUUGAAGAUGAAGUUGAUUAUGCUUUCAUUGAAACUGAGAUUCAUAAUAUUGCAAAAGAAAGAAAUUUGAAUUUGAAAGAUAAAUUUGAUUGGAAAGGAAGAUUGGAAGAGUUGAUUAAAGAUAAUGAAGCUUCAAAGCAUAAUCGAAAGAAAGAAAAAGAUGAAGAUAAAGGAGAGGAGACUUUGAUGAUGGAGAGAUUACAACAAAAACUUAAAAAUAAUAAAAUGUAAGUUUUGAAAUACCUAAAAAUCUGGCUUCUAUUUAAUCAAUAUUUUUUAGUGCUGAUGAACAUCAAAAUGAUCGAACAUUUUCCAAAGAUGAUUAUAUCAGUGAAGGAAACAAACACAAAGAUACUGAAACUCGUAAAUUGAGAAAAAAACAUCAAACGAAAGGUGCUUUGAACAGUGAAUCGACAACGAAAAAGAAUGUACUUGAUGAACGGAAUUUUUGA